AUGAGCCGCACAAACACCUCAGUAGUCCUGGCCGAGCGCCCCAAGGGCGACAUCGUGCCAGGCAAGACCUUCCACCAGAAGCAGGGCCCGGCGCCGCGGGCAGAGGACCUGAAGGACGGCGAGAUCCUCGUCGAGACGCUGUACCUGUCGCUCGACCCGGCGAUGCGCGGCUGGCUCGACGAUGUGCGCAGCUACGUGCCCCCCGUGCAGAUCGGCGAGGUGAUGCGCGGGUCGUCGGUCGCGCGCGUGCUCGCGUCCCGGUCGCCGCGCGUGGCCGAGGGCGGCCUCGUCACGGCAUCCACGGGGUGGCGCGAGGUUGCCAUCGCCGGGCCCAAGGAGUUCGAGACGGCCUCAGAUAUCCCGCUCCCCGCGAACGGCAAGGUCACGGACCUCCAGGGCGUGCUGGGUAUGACGGGCCUUACGGCUUAUUUCGGCAUGACUACGAUCGGGAAGGCUAAGCCUGGGGAGACGGUGGUUGUCUCCGGCGCGGCGGGGGCGACGGGCAGUGUUGCUGCGCAGAUGGCUAAGAUUGCUGGGGCGAGGGUCGUUGGCCUGGCGGGAUCCGAUGAGAAGUGCGCGUGGCUGGAGAAGGAGCUCGGGUUUGACGUGUGUCUGAACUAUAAGGACCCUGACUUCAGGAAGAAGUUCAAGGAGGCAACGCCGAAGUAUAUUGAUGUCUACUUCGACAAUGUUGGUGGAGACAUUCUGGACAUGGCCCUGAGCAGGGCGAACAAGAAUGCGCGGUUUGUCAUGUGUGGUGCCAUCUCACAGUACAACUCGAAAGACCCAAAGGGACCACGGCAAAUAUCCAAAGUCAUUACACAAAGAAUACGCAUGGAGGGGUUCAUCGUGUUCGACUUUGUCAAGGAAUACCCAGCAGCUCGGAAGCAGCUGGCGCAGUGGCUCGCCGAGGGCAAGCUCAAGAGACAAGAGACUGUCGUGAAGGGAGGCCUGAAGGUGGCUGAGCAAGCGUUGGUGGACCUCUUCAAGGGUGGAAACACAGGAAAACUGCUUGUCGAGGUGAAGUCUCCUGAAGAGAAGAGUAAACUGUAG